ACUCUAUUCUUAAGUUCAUCUACACCAAUAAUAAGAAUCAACUUAAAAGGUGAUUUGGAAGAAUUGAGACCAUUAUCUCAAUCCUUACUGCCAUCCAACCUUAAACAUCAAAAUGAUCUAAUGCAAGACACUUUAAAAAUAUUGAGAUUUUUAAGACAUAACAAGUUGGAAAUUCAUUGCAGUCAGAAUAGAAGUUGA